AAUAUUAUGGACAGUAAAUAUUAAUGUCUGGCUGGAAACUACUAGACGGCCAUAUAUUUUAGAUGCGCUAGCUGUCUGCGCAGUGUCGCAUCGGACAGGUGAAAGCCGGCCGGCAUUCAUUGCGAAUAUAGACAAAAUUCGUAAAAUGGCGAGCCUUUUGCCGUUGCUGCUGGGGCUGGAAGCCCCGCGGCUGCCUCACCACCACCACGUCGCGCUGGCGCUCGCCCCUGAGGUGUUCGGCGUGCUCAGCCAGCCCCAGGACUACUACAGUUCGUGGAACCAGUUGGCGACCAUGUUGCAAGACGCCUCUUCCACCUUAAAAACGGACAAGAAUAAGUUUCAAGUGCAUUUGGACGUGCAGGACUUCGCGCCUGAAGACAUCACGGUUAAGACAUGCGAUGGAUUCGUAGUGGUGGAGGGCAAGCACGAGGAGAGGCAAGAUGAGCACGGCUGGGUGAGCAGGCAUUUCCGGGGACGGUACGCACUGCCGCGGGAUUGCGACGCUGGCGCGGUGAAGUCGCGGCUGUCAUCCGACGGCGUGCUUACAGUGACGGCGUCGCUGCCGACGAAGGCUGCGGCGGAGCGUCAAGUGCCCGUGGUCCUCACGGGGCCAGUACGGAACAAAUCCAAAUCAGCCCAGGGCCCGCUGGGUGACGGCGGGACGCCUGCAACUCUAGAGGCGACCAUCGAAAACGGCCAAUAGCUUGC